UCAUGGCAUAAGCCCACAGUUAAACGAUCUUUUCAGAACCUUGAAUCCAUUGCUGGUGUCCAAACCAACAACCCCUCCAUCAUCGAUCUUCCCCUCACUCAAGCUUUUCAGGCAGUGGUGAAAAGUCUUGGGGACAACGAUGUGAUGGUGAUAUUGGACAACCACAUAACCCAGCCAGGGUGGUGCUGUAGUAACUCCGACGGCAAUGGAUUCUUCGGUGACAAAUUUUUCAACCCAGACCAGUGGAUAUUGGGCCUCACCAAGAUGGCCACCCUUUUCAAUGGUGUCACUAAUGUGGUGGGCAUGAACUUGAGGAAUGAGCUCCGAGGGCCCAAACAGAAUGUCAACGAUUGGUACAAGUACAUGGUGAAAGGAGCAGAAGCGAUUCAUGCAGCAAAUCCAGAUGUUCUUGUCAUUCUAUCUGGCCUAAAUUAUGACAAAGACUUGUCUUUCAUUCAAAAACGGCCAGUGAGCCUCACAUUUAAGGGGAAAUUAGUAUAUGAGGCACACUGGUAUGCCUUCACUGAUGGUCAAGCUUGGGUUAAUGGUAAUCCAAACCAGGUAUGUGGACAAGUGGCAGGAAAUAUGAUGAGAACCUCAGGCUUCUUGGUGAACCAAGGAUGGCCAUUGUUUAUUAGUGAGUUUGGUGGAGACUUGAGAGGUACCAACGUGAACCACAAUCGCUACCUUAAUUGCUUCUUAGCACUGGCAGCUGAGCUUGACUUAGAUUGGGCACUGUGGACACUCGUUGGUAGCUACUACUUUAGACAAGGAGUUAUAGGAAUGGAAGAGUUUUAUGGGAUUCUUAGUUGGGACUGGAUCCAAGUUAGAAAUACUACUUUCUUAAACAGAAUCUCUGCCCUCCAACUUCCAUUUCGAGGUCCAGGCAUAACAAGAGGCAAUCCAUACAAAUUGAUAUUCCAUCCUUUGACUGGUUUGUGUGUCAUAAGAAAGUCAUUACUAGAUCGAUUGACAUUGGGUCCUUGCUAUUUAUCUGAUGGUUGGAAAUACACACCCCAGAAAAUUCUAUCAAUAAAGGGUACUUACUUCUGCAUGCAAGCGGAGAGUGAAGGGAUGCCUGCGACACUUGGGAUAAUGUGCUCAGAUCCUAACUCUAGAUGGGAAAUGAUCUCAGAUUCGAAGUUGCACCUUUCAUCAAAACUCAGCGAUGAUUCUAAUGUAUGCCUAGAUGUGGAUGACAACAAUAACAUCGUGACCAAUGCUUGCAAAUGCUUAAGCAAAGAUCGUACAUGUGACCCUAGUAGCCAAUGGUUCAAACUUAUUGACAGCGGAAGCAGGUCAAUGUUGACAACCUCAACAUCAUCCAUGCUAUAUAAAUUCAUCGGACCUUUUAUGGAAGCCGUUUAGCUCAGCAUAAGUUGUUUUAUGAAUAUUACUGUAAAUUUCUCUAACCAUGUACUUAUGUUUUAAAAUCGCAGGAAAGUGAUGCAUUAAGCAUAUCCAUAUAUAUGAAUACAUAUUGUCACUAUUAAAAAAUGUACAGAA